AAUGUUAGAAGCUAAGACACGAAACACGCUAGAGAAAACAUAGUAAGAGACGGCGGGACGACAAGAGACUAGAAACCAUACCUCAGUGUUUGGAGACAACAACUGGGGUAUGAGGAAACGAGACGGUACGUAUUAUAUAUGUGAAUGCACGUGGUAAGAUAAGAAAGGGAAAAGUGUUAUGCGAUGACGACGAUGACGAUGAUUCAACACUUAACACUGCGAAUCGAAUGUGGGAAGAACUUCUGUGAGAACAUCGCAGAUGCCAGAAGCGCAUCACUGGCAGGGCAAACUCAACUCCCUGGCGGCAACUUUCACCACCGAAGGUCCACGAUUCUUCUUCUCUGCAUUAUGUACUGGGCUAUAGUGUUCAUUUGAGAACUGUCUGGCAUUGAAUUUCGACUUGCGAAACUUUGGCGCGUGGAAUAUGUAAAAUCAAUGACCGCUGGCUCAACAUAAUAUGACGUUGAAAAAAAACGAGACUAUCGAAGUCACCCUCAAAUACGGCGGCAUCAAAGGCGGGCGUCUGUUAUCUGGGAUGACCAAUAAAACCAACGCGUAUCACAUCCUUCUAGAAGAUCUGACUAUUCUCAAAGCACAUCGUCCCAAAGGCGAAAACGUCCGUCAAGAAGGUGCUACGUUCUUCCUGUCAUGGCAUCGCCCCUCGUCUCUGGUCAAGGAUACAAGUUUAUACCAACGAUGGGUGGCCAUUGAUAAAGGGAGUCCAAGACUAGACCAGGUCAAGAAAAAGCUCUCUAUACUACCGUCCAUUGAUUUUACCCGAACGCACGGAACCAGUCUGUCGCCAUUGGGACCAAAACAUACAAUAGAACUGCCGCGCACAGAAGGAAUGGGCUCGCUCGCAGAACACUUCUCAUCAUCCCCCAUGACAGAGCGUCCUUAUUCACCGGAGCUGUUCACCACAGAAGUAUCUCAAGGGAAGAGAUCUCGAAGCGAUUCCAUCAAUGAGCCUCUAUCACUAUCUUUUGGGUCAGAUGCACUUCCCCGUUCAGGACAGUACAGUGGAAGAGGAACAUGCUGGAGACGAUGCAACGUCACGAUUAGGCAACGAGUCUUCUCAGUCCAGAACCCCGAUAUCAUUGGUGCCGCUCUCAACAACCAUACCUCAACAACCAUCACACAUCCCUCCGUCUCCACUUGGCACCUACCACAAGCCCUUUCCAGGAUCGCCUGGGAUCAGCAAUAGCCACGCCCCUACUGGUCCCCGCCCACCAGGAGAUCGAGCGGUAAUUAAGAGGCUAUCACUUGAGCUGUCGAAGGUCCGUGGUCAACUGGCCACCUUGAAACAUUGUGAG